CGUCCCUUUCUUGAGCUGUCUUUGCCGGUUAUUUUUAGGUUAAAAUUCUAAAAUAAAUUCAAGAAAGCAGCAGUGAUACAUUUGUCAUGUAGGUUAUUUUAAUGAGAAAACGUGCGCAGAACUUAAUUAAAGAAAUAUUUAAGAUAAUUGCGCACUUAUCCUCCUUGAAACCCCUUUGUCAAGUGGCUCAGUCCCAUUGUAUUCUUUGUUUACCAAGUGUUAUGAAACAGUAAGAGGCACUGUCGCUAAAGCAGCGUCAGGCAAAUUAACAAUGUCGGGAGAUGUACAGCCGAGAAAACGUAAAGAUAAGAAAAGGAAAAAAGAUGAGCUUGGCGUAGAAGAACCUCGUGGUACAGCUGCUACUCUCGGCGAAGGCGAUGUUUUCAUACACACUUACCAUGAUCAUGGUACUGGUGGACAUUGGUGUGCUAAAAUAAUUUUCUUUUCACUCCUGACUGUCUUAGUUACAUUAAUUGGACUUAUUAUAUUGGAAAAUAGGGGCCUUAGUGAAUUGGAAGCUAAUGCUGUUGAGUCCCGAUACUCUGGGGUUUUAGAAGGUUGGAUUGAGGAUGUUCCAGAUGAUGACCACCACGAUGAACAUACUCUAGAAUUAAAACAUCCGGAUGAUGAAGAUUUACAUGAUGAUGAUCAUGACGAUCUGCAUGAUGAUGAUCAUGAAGAUGUAGAAAGUGAUCAUGAAGAGGAAGAUGAUGAACAUGAAAGUGAAGAAGUUGAUCAUACUGAAGAUGAAGAUGCUGAUGAAGUACAAAGUGAUGAUGAACAAGAACAAGAGGAGGAUGAAUCUAUUGCAUAUAGUGCUUACCGAAACAUUUAUGAAAAAAUCAUAAAGAGCAGUAAUAUAGAUAAGGAUGAUGCAAAUGAUGAAUUAGUUGAUGAACAUGUUGAACAAGAUGACGACGAUGCAGAUGAAGAUGAUGUUGAAUAUGAUACUAAAGAAGACGAUGAUGAAAACGAAAGUAAAGAAGAAGAUAAUGGUGAUGAUGAUGACAAUGAAACAAAUGAAGAUGUUGAUGAUGAAAACCAAAUCGACGAAGAAAAUAAUGAUGAUGGAGACAAUGAUGAUGAAAAUGAAGUAAAUAACGAUGAUGACAAUGAAAGUAAUGAAGAAAAUGAUGAAAAUGAAGUGGAGAGUUUUAACAAUGAUGAAGUUGAUGAAGACUCAUGGCAGAAUGAUGAGGUCGAAGAUAACGAAAACGAUGACGAUGAUGACGACGAUGAAAUCGUUGAAAAGAUCGAACGAGAGAUAUCUGAUGAGGAUAUUAUAUCUGGAGAGGUUACCAAUAUGGAUGAAAUAAAGGAAGAUGAUGAUAAUGAUGAUGAUGAUGCAUCAAAAGAAGAACAAGAAGAAACAAAAGAAGAUGCGACAGAAGAUGACGAUGAACCACCAGUCGAACGCAUCACAAUACCGCCAGCGGGCAAGCCAUACACAGAAAUUGAAGAAGAACCUCUUCAAAGCACACCAGAUACCCUUGCCGCAGAGGAAGAAUACGAAAGACAACAAGAGGAAUUAAGGCGGGAACGUGAAGCACAGGCCUCACAAGGCAUGUGGCUGAAGCUGGUGGUGGGCGGCGCACUGCUGGUCGCCACGCACGCGGUCGUGCGACGCGCCACAGCACGGCGUGAUGAACCGGAAAAUGACGAACAAGUAGUUAGGGAAGAUCCACCCGUGAUAGAUAGGCGCAUGACACUUAUUCCACCAGCGACUGAAACGAAACAAAUUAUUCAGCCUGUUCAAGAAGAAAUUGUACAAAAUACCGCACCUGCACCUGUACAAUCUGCACCGGUAUUGAAAAGAGAUUUAGAAGACAAUAAAGUUGAAAUUAAAAAGCAUGUUGAAGAAGAAAUUCAAGAGCAUGAUAAAGAUAAAGACAAUGAAAAAGAGCUUUACAGUGACGAAGAUGAGGAAGAAGAAGAAGAGAUAGACGAAGAAGAAUUGGAAGAGGAGGAGGAAGAGGAAGAACCGGUGAAACAGGAAGUUAUUGCUAAAAAAGUUGAAGUGAAAGAAACUAAGAGUGCCGUUGUAGCAAAAGCACCUCCAGAAGUAGAACCCGAUGAAGAUUCAGAGGAUGUUGAAAUAAUUGACGAGGAACAAAUAGAAGAAGAAUUGGAAGAGGAAGAGGACGAAGUGGAAGAAGAAAUAUCGGAUGUCGAUGACACGGAAUUAUUAAAUCGUCUAGAAGCUAAAUACGGUCGACUGCCGGAACCGGAGAGGCCGGGCAAAAACAAAGGUGGUGGAAACAGUAUAGAAGACGACUGGCCGGGCGAACCUAACGAUCCCUACUGGAGUGAACAACUUGACCUUGCCGAAGAUGAACUUCGACAGGGAGCGUGGUCUGCGUGCGAGCGACGUGUGUCAGCAAAAGAACUACAGAACAGUGCUCGCGGGCAAUGGCUCGCUGCGAGAGCGUUGGACAUGAUGGCUGAAGCAAAAAGGGAUAAUAAAUUACUGUCCCGAGCUAUUGCAGCAUAUCUACAGUUGCUCAAAAUGAAUGAGCGCUUGUCAAAUAAAAGGCUGCUGGAAAUCGCUCAACGGGCCAUCGAUAGAAUACAGUUUAGAGGAACAUAUUUGAAUGCAGAACCAGUUUACCGCUUACUUAUCCGUCGGUUUCCAGAUGAUGUUCACUAUAGAAACAAUUUAACAAUAUGCUUCUUGAUGGCUAACAGAGCCGACCUAGCAGACGAAGUCCUUAAGGAAACUAUUCGAAUUAAGCCAAAUGAUCGUGUAGCUUUAGCUCAUUAUGGUUUCGUUUUAAAAACGCAGUAUAAUAAAUUAGAAGAAGCCAUAGUAUAUUUACGUAAAGCUCUCGAAGGCGAUACAGGGCCGGCGUGCGAACCGCGCUUUUAUUAUCAUUUAGGUGAUGCGCUGUUACUACUACAGAGGUUUGAUGAAGCUCAUGAAGUGCAUAAACGUGGAGCACGCCUUGGCCAUUUCCUCUCUCCAUCUCAAAGAUCUCUUUACAACGUGCCACGACUGAAAGGUCAACCUUGGUGGUCUAUAAAAGAAACGCCAUAUGCCAAAUUAGCACAGGCCUUGGAAAAGUCAUGGCGUGAAAUUUUGAAAGAAGGCCUAGCUCUUAAGACGUUAUACGAAAAAGAAAAAGAAGGCUUAAAAGAACGCGGAGAGUGGUCGCAAUUGGAUAUAUUUGUGAGAGGUCGCGAAAUUCCUGGAAGAUGCAAGAAAGCGCCAGUUACUUGUUCAAUAGUUCAACAAGAUACUGCAGCUGCGGGAUGUAGGAGAGGCCAAAUUAAAUUCAGCUUAAUAGAUCCGGGAACCCAUGUUAGACCUCACGUCGGCCCAACGAAUUGCCGACUUCGUAUGCAUUUAGGCUUGAGUAAUACCAAAGAUACCUUUAUAAGAGUGGAUAAAGAAACCAGGCAAUGGGAAGUGGGUAAAGUAUUCAUAUUCGACGAUAGCUUCGAGCACGAAGUGUGGCACAACGGUACAGCGCCGCGGCUCGUGCUCAUAGUGGACGUGUGGCACCCGGACCUCACGCCCGCCGAACGACGCAGCUUACCCGCGAUAUAAAUUAUUUGUGCUAUUCGAUUCUUAUAAUAGGAAUGUCAAUGACCCAAUGUGUCAAUUUCAAAAAAUGUCAGGUCAAUAUCACUCGAAAAAUAGGUACGAUUUUCUUGGAAACCUUUCCUUUUGCAUUUCCAUCAUCGUUUGUUUUUUAUUGCCUGUCUCAAUAAAGCCCUAUCUUAAUUUGGAUCGUUGAUUAUUAAUUAUUAUUUUGAAGUAAUGAUGACGAAACAAAAUGGCGCAGAAUCGAUCCUGUUCUUGUUUGAAUCGCAUAGUAUUAAGUUUUUUAUUUGUACGUGAUCUGAAAUCUGAAUAAAACUAAAAACUUAAUUUUGAACGUCUCCACACCAUUCUUUGCAUUGUAUGAAAGAUUCCCGAUGUGAGUUGUCAUGUGAUUAAUAAAUAAAAUAAUAAUAAGUUAAAUGAAACAUUUAAUAUAAGUAUGAUUUGACUUCUUUCGAAACUAGAAUAUGUAAGAUUAUUCAUAUGUUUUAAGUCAAUUAAAUUUAAGAGUCAAUUGUUUUAUACCUAUAUGUAUGUUUAAAUUAUAAGGUAAAAUUAAAUUACAACGCAGCACUAUUUUAACUAUAUAACCCUAUUUUGAAUUCAAAUAUCUCAAAAUAAUAUAUUUAAUGAAAUUGAAUUUUCUGUUACAACAAAUGAAAGCAUUUUCAAAGUACAUAACAUAACAUUAUGUUUUAAGAUUUAUGGUUUAUCAAAUAGUUUUUCAACCAAUUUUGUAUUAAGUAUAGGUAUAUUAUGUUUUGUAAAAAUAUAUUUACAAUGCUCAUA